UUGCAGGGCUAUAAAGUAGCCUUUGCUAAGGAUAAAAUAUGGGCAGCCCUGUUUGAGAAGCUCAAACAAGCAUUGGAAAUUCUAAAGAACCGAAACUAACGCAAAACAGAAGCAACUAUGAACGCAGGCGCAAGAAACUUAGGCGGUGGCUCCCACAGCGGCAGCGACAUAGAGGAGGAUGAUUCCGUAGAUAAUCGUUAUUAUACCUGUUUGAUUUGCAUGCGCACGGCUCGUCUGCCACGUGUCACCUUUUGUGGCCAUGUCUUCUGUACCGAUUGCAUCGGCAAGUGGAUCACCUGGCAGGGCAGCUUCGCCAAGUGCCCCUACUGCCAGUCGCGUGUUGGCAAUAAUACGCUGAUCACAGUCAGCUACGGCCGGAACGGACAUCAUACAUACGGGCGCUUUGCACGCUGCAAGUCAAUCGCCCAGCAUCGUCACUUUGCCGAGACGAUUGCCAUGUAUACCGCGGUGCCAGAGACAUCGAUGUAUUUGGGCGCGUACGUUGAACGGCCGCCGGAGCUGAUGCCACGAAUCAAGCCACUGCCGCCGCAACUGUUGCGUGAUGUGUCCCGGUAUCAAAUACGCCGCACCUUUGUCAUGCCAUCCAUCUAUCAACGCCUCAUAAUCGUGAUCAUAAUAUUUUAUCUUUAUAACGUGUAUCUAGAUGCUGACGGACCUGUUUAAGUCGAACUCAACUCCUUGUCAGUGGCGCGUUAUUGUUAUCUAGUUGCGAUUGUAUUUUAUUUAAAUAGAAUCUCUUCGUCGAGAACCUGCUGUUGUUGUUAUUGUUGUUGUAUCUGAUAUGUCUUUGCUGUCGUUGUUAAUUAUGCCAAUUAAAUGAGGCUCGGGCAAUUAACGUUCUCUGGCAUUUGCACAACUA